AAUUCUCGGCUCACCAACCGGAAACGGAAGUGCGCAAGUGGAGCAUAACAGUUGGAGUUAGUUGGUCGCCACAUUGUUUUGUUUUGUUUCUCACGCGGUCAACGAUGCGUUUUUAAGUCCAACAAGAGGUCGAAUCUGUUUCUACAUAUACAUUUUUGUUUUUUUUUAAAGAAUGACCAAAGAGAAGCGACACAGGAGGAGGGAGUCUCCGGAGCGGGAGUCCAAAGUGAAGGUGAAGCAGGAGAAGCUCAGCCCGCUUAGGCCACAGACAUCACGCCGCUCCCGGUCGAGAUCCAGCGGCAACUCGAGUCCACCGAGGAGGAGAACGAGCAGGUCACCUGCCAGGACGAGGGAUCGCUCACCGCCCAGAAGAGAGACGUCACCGGCCAGAAGAGAGCCGUCUCCCGCCAGACGAGGCAGCAGGUCGCCGAGGAACAGGAGAAGUCCUCACCGUGGCGCCGAUGUCAAAAUAAAGCAGGAACGGGAUGAACAUCGGCCUAGUGGUGACGAGCGGAGGAGAAGAAAUGACCAGCCAGAGGAGAGACGGAGCAGAUGGGAGUCAGACAGACCGCGGGAGAGAGACCGCGGCGGAGACAGACACAGAGAGCGCGGCGCGCUCGCCUCCCAGCAAGCCGAGAGGCAACAGCACGAUGAGCGGCGCAGGGAAAACCGUCAGCGGCGCGAAGAAAACCAAGAGCAGAAUUUUGGAGGGUCUGAGGGAGGGAUAGACGACCCAAAUGACCCGCCUGUCGAGAAAGAGAAGCCCAACUUUGAGCUGUCGGGGGCACUAACAGAAGAUACAAACACAUUCCGGGGGGUGGUGAUCAAAUACAACGAGCCGCCCGAGGCUCGCAUUCCCAAGCGCAGAUGGCGACUGUACCCGUUCAAGAAUGACGAACCCCUUCCAGUCAUGUACAUUCACAGACAGAGUGCCUAUUUGUUGGGGCGGCAGAGAAAAAUCGCUGAUAUUCCCAUCGACCACCCAUCCUGCUCCAAGCAACAUGCAGUGUUCCAGUAUAGACUGGUGGAGUUUACGCGUAAAGACGGCACAUCAGGCCGCAGGGUGAGGCCUUACAUCAUCGACCUGGGUUCCGGCAACGGCACCUACCUGAACAACCAGCGCAUAGAUGCCCAGCGCUACUACGAGCUCAAAGAAAAGGACGUCAUCAAGUUUGGCUUCAGCAGCCGCGAGUACGUCCUCCUGCACGAGUUCUCAGACACGACCGAGGUGGACGCCAAGCAGGGAGAGGAAGAAGACGACGAGGGCCUUGAUGAGUAAAUUGCUCCCAUUUUAAAAAAUAUAUAUGAAAACUGUAUCGCCCAAGUUCAUUCAGGUUAGAUGACAUCAUCCUCAGUGUUUAUCAAAAAGUUGUUUCUGCGGGGAAUGGAACAAUUAAUGGGACUUUAUUAAAACAAUGGAACAAAGCUGGUUUGUAUAUUAUGUAAUUACUGAACUGUUGCUUAAACCUGCCACAAAUGUCUCAAAGGAGACUUCCUAUUCUCAGGUUGUGUAAUGUCUUUGUGAUGCAUGACUGAUUUCACAUCUGACAAUGCUCACAGUGAAACAAAAAAAAAGUGCUUGGUGCCAGAUAAAGACAUCUUGCCUAAGUACGAUAGUUCAUUAUAUAUUUUUGGAUCACAGCACCAAGGCUAAUCUCUCGUCUAUGUCCGGGGCUAUAUGUGUCAAUGUACAUGAUACGUGGAAUGUGAACUCGAUAGAGUCGUGUUUUAAUAAGCGUUGCUUAUUGCUUUGUAGUGCAGGGAAAAAAAUGCUGUGUGUAUUUACGAAUUUCCCCCUUUUUAUUUUUGUUUGUUUCAGAGCCCACAGCAUUCAUAGCAGAAUUUUUCAUUUAUGUACUGUAAAUAAAGACAGUGGAAAUUUGGAUUUGGA